UUGUGAAAUGCGCAUGCGCCUUGCCGGCAGUUUGAAACUAUGGCGGCGGAGUGUUUAUCAAUAACAGAGCGGUGGAUACGGGAAAGGCUAAAUCUUCAGCACCAGUGUUUAGCGGAUGUGAGAUCACUGCGCCUGCCGGGAACAUAUGAAACUGGGAAAAUAGGAAACUUGGGAAUUUCCCUCAAGAACUUUGUUCGCUUGAAAAGUCUGGACCUUUCUCAUAACGCUCUGGUUUCUGUAGAGGGCAUCCUGCAUUUAAAGUCGCUCGAGAACUUGAAUCUGUACUACAACAGAAUCUCCUCUUUUCAGGACGUCUUGUCUUUACGCAGCCUUCAAAAUCUAAAGGAGCUGGAUCUGAGGUUGAACCCUGUUGUGAAAAAACAUCCCUAUUACCGCCUGUACUUAGUUCAGGCAAUCUCCAAGCUUCGUAAACUUGACGACUGUGUCGUGAGAGACAGAGAGAGAAAAGCGGCUCUCAUGCACUUCUCUACAGAGUCGGGGGUUGAGUCCUGUGACAAGUCUCCAGUUUCAAUAAUGGAGAUGAGGAAUAGAAACCGCAAUCCCAGAAUUGCCUCGGUGAACAAGUUGAUGAUGUCCAAGCUCAUGCUCCAAGAAGGUAACGAGGAAACGGUGCUGAAUCGCAACUUUGAUGGGGAAAAGAGAUAUCUGACGCAUGAAGCUCACAUUGAAGAGUACAGCAAACCAGAGUCUACUCAUUUACAAGGCCAUCCCUCUGAAAUUCUAAAUCUUCUCAAUGGUUAUGAUUCAGGAUUACUGUCUUCAGAGAAACAGGAACUUCAAUCCCAACUUAGAAAAUGUCCUAAAGCUGAGACGCGCCACCCUGAAGGGCUGGGUCCCAGGAAAGAUGCUCCCAGAGUCACCUUUGUUGAACCGUCUGUAAAAAGACACACUUCUAGUAACCUCACACCCAUCCGAACACAGGCAGAAAGCUAUUUCAUGCCACAUCCCAGCAACAAAAAUGCUUCCUCACAAGGAAAUGAUCAUCGAGCCUGUUUGUUAAAAGAUUUCUCGGAGAGGAAACUCCACCCUCCUAGACUAACAUACCGAAGCUCUGAUGAUGGAGAACCAAAAGGAUGUUCGCAUGCACCUGAGAGAGCCAGAAAACCCUGCAAGGGAGCGUAUAGGAAACCCAUGGAGCUGCUUCUCAGUUUGGUGGAUGAGUACUGGUCUGGCGAGAUGAAGGACCACAACACUAAACACUUUUUCAUGCAUGCUGUGCGGAUCCUCUGUAUGAUGGAACAGGAGGUUACUAACGGGGAAAGCGAGAUGGCUGCUCUGAGGGAGAAGGUCCAAACCCUGAGACACCAGCAAGACUUACAGGAGACAGAACAUCAGUCAGAGAUGCUGAUGCUUUCGGAGCAGCUGAAGCAGGCACACGGUAACAUCGAGCAUCUUCAUCAGGAGUUGAGGAAUGUUUUGGAGGAGAACGUUUCUUUGCAGAAACAGCUGAUCAGAUUAGAGCAGCAGCUCCUCUCUGAUAAGCUGAGGGACAUGCCACUUUAACACUUUACACUGAGGUGAUUGCAUAAGGUUAACCAGCUACUCAGAACACACUUAUAUUAUCUUGUAUAGAUCAGAACAAGAAAAACAAAAAGCAUAAAUUCCUUAAAAUGUGUACUAGACUAUAUUUCUGUAGAACUGCAAGAAUUUAGUUUAGCCGGACCCUGUCCAGAUGUGGACAAACCCUAUAUCAGUCGUCUUUCUAGGACAAGGCUUGUUUCAUCCACCAUAAAGGACGCAAAAACAAAUCAUCUCUUAUUGUAAGGUGUGGGGGAUUAUAUAAAUUUAUAAAAGCCGUAUUUAAUCU